CCCCCUUCCUGCGAGCGCUGCCUGGCCCGGCGCUGGAGCGCAGGGCGCGGCCAGGGCGGGGUCUCGGGCCGACUCCUGCAGAUCCCGACUGCAGCCGACCUCCGCGGGUGACGCGCUGAGCCUGAGGAGUCGCCGCACCCCGCAGACGCCCUGUCCCAUUCCCCGCCUGGCGCACGGGCCGCGCUGGGAUGGAGAGCCUCUGGGGCCUGGGCCAGCCGCGGGCCGGCCUCUGCCUGCUUCUGGCCGCGCUGCUGCUUCUGCCCAGGACGCAGGCCGCCGAUCCUGUGGAUGUGCUGAAGGCCCUGGGCGUGCGUGGGGGCCAGGCUGGGGUCCCCAAGGGACCUGGCUUCUGUCCCCAGAGGGCUCCAGAGGGUGACCGAGCAUUCAGAGUGGGCAGGGCCAGCAGGCUCAGCAUCCCCACACGGGAGCUGUUCCCAGAUGGACACUUUCCCGCGAACUUCUCCAUGUUGAUGACUCUGAGGGCCCAGCAGGCCAAUCAGUCUGUCCUUCUAUCUAUUUAUGACGAGAGGGGUGCCCGGCAGCUGGGUCUGGCACUGGGGCCAGGUCUGGUCCUCCUAGGUGACUCCUUCGACCCCCUGCCCCAGCAGGUCAACCUCAUGGAUGGCCAAUGGCACCGUGUGGCGGUCAGCAUAGAUGGAGACACAGCGACCCUGGUAGCGGACUGUGAAUCUCAGCCCCCUGUGUCGGGCCAGAAGCCUCGAUUCCUCAGCACAGCUGGACUCACUGUUCUGGGGACUCAGGACAUCAGGGAGGAGACUUUUGAGGGAGACAUCCAGGAGCUGCUGAUAAGCCCAGACCCUCAAGCUGCCUUCCGGGCCUGUGAGCAGUACCUGCCUGGCUGUGACAACCUGGACCCCGUGACCACAGGGGCCCCGCAGGGCGAGCCAGAGACCACCCCUCCUCGGCGCAAGGGCAAGGGGAAAGGGAAGAAGAAAGGGCGAGGCCGCAAGGGGAAGGGCAGGAAGAAGAAGGACAAGGAAGCCCCGACCCUGGGAGCACCUGCUGGCUCCCGGGAGAACCAGACCUCUAUGGAUGUCCCCAAGAUUGAGACGCCGGUUCCAACUCUGCCUCCCACUCCCACGCCUUUGGUCUUCACCACCACUGUGACUGUGGGCGGCAACGUCACCCUCCUGGAGCGGGGACUGGAUGCUGAAGGUGGAACCCAGCUAGAGACUCCAGAGCUUGGAGUAGAGACGGAGGAAGAAGAAGGAAGCGGCCCCACCAUGGGUCCCCAGUUCCGGGCAGCAGAACAGCCUUCACAGGCUGAGUUCCAGAUCUUUCCUGGUGUGGGAGAGAAGGGUGCAAAAGGAGAACCUGCAGUGAUAGAGCAGGGGCAAAAAUUUGAGGGACCUCCAGGAGCCCCAGGACCUCGAGGGGUGGUGGGCCCAUCAGGCCCUCCUGGCCCCCCAGGAUUCCCUGGGGACCGUGGCCUACCGGGCCCUGCUGGCCUCCCGGGAAUUCCUGGCAUUGAUGGGAUCCGGGGCCCACCGGGCACUGUCAUCAUGAUGCCGUUCCAGUUUGCGAGCAGCUCCCUCAAAGGACCCCCAGUGUCCUUCCAGCAGGCCCAGGCUCAGGCGGUACUGCAACAGACUCAGCUGUCCAUGAAAGGUCCCCCCGGCCCAGUGGGGCUCACUGGACGCCCAGGCCCUGUGGGUCUCCCUGGAUACCCAGGUCUGAAGGGAGAAGCAGGAGAAGUGGGGCCACAGGGUCCCCGAGGACUGCAGGGGCCCCCUGGGCCACCUGGUCGAGAGGGCAAGAUGGGCCGCCCUGGAGCAGACGGGGCCCGCGGUCUCCCGGGGGACACAGGACCUAAGGGCGAUCGGGGCUUCGAUGGCCUGCCAGGGCUGCCUGGUGAGAAGGGCCAAAGGGGUGACUUUGGCCGUGUGGGACACCCUGGCCCCCCAGGGGAGGAUGGUGAGAAGGGAGCAGAGGGACCCCCAGGGCCCACUGGCCAGGCUGGAGAGCCAGGACCCCGUGGACUGAUUGGCCCCAGGGGCUCCCCCGGCCCCCUGGGACGCCCGGGUGUCACCGGAAGUGAUGGCGCUCCGGGUGCCAAAGGCAAUGUGGGUCCUCCAGGAGAACCAGGUCCUCCAGGACAGCAGGGGAACCAUGGGUCCCAGGGAAUUCCCGGCCCCCAGGGGCCCAUCGGCACUCCUGGGGAGAAGGGCCCCCCUGGAAAUCCAGGAAUUCCAGGCCUCCCAGGAGCUGAUGGCCCUCCGGGUCACCCAGGCCAUGAGGGUCCCACAGGAGAGAAAGGGGCACAGGGUCCCCCAGGAUCGACAGGCCCCCCAGGCUAUCCAGGAGGCCGCGGCGUGAAGGGUACCUCUGGGAACCGGGGCCUCCAAGGAGAGAAGGGCGAGAGGGGAGAGGACGGUUUCCCUGGAUUUAAGGGUGAUGUGGGGCCCAAAGGCGAUCGGGGGCACCCAGGACCACCAGGUCCCCGGGGAGAGGAUGGUCCCGAGGGGCCAAAGGGGCCAGAGGGUCUGGAGGGAGAGGAGGGCCCCCCAGGGGCAGCAGGGGAGAAGGGCAAGCUUGGGGUGCCAGGUCUCCCAGGUUACCCAGGACGCCCAGGACCUAAGGGAUCUAUUGGAUUUCCGGGGCCCCUGGGACCAUUAGGAGAGAAAGGGAAGCGGGGGAAGGCCGGGCAGCCAGGAGAGGAAGGAGAGCGGGGACCCCCAGGCUCCCGCGGGGAGAGGGGGCAACCAGGCGCCACGGGGCAGCCAGGCCCCAAGGGUGAUGUGGGCCAGGACGGGUCCCCUGGGAUCCCCGGAGAGAAGGGCCUCCCUGGUCUACAGGGCCCCCCAGGAUUCCCUGGGACAAAGGGCCCGCCUGGCCCCCAGGGGAAAGACGGGAUACCAGGGCACCCUGGACCCAGGGGAGAACUGGGCUUCCAAGGUCUGACGGGCCCACCGGGACCCGCCGGGGUCCUGGGUCCUCAGGGAAAGACAGGAGACGUGGGGCCUCUGGGCGAGCGGGGGCCCCCGGGCCCCCCUGGACCUCCCGGCGAACACGGCCUCCCGGGCUUGGAAGGCAGAGAGGGGGCCAAGGGAGAGGUCGGGCCCCUGGGACCUCUUGGGAAGGAGGGGCCACCCGGGCCCAGAGGCUUCCCUGGCCCCCAAGGCGCCCCUGGGGACCCCGGACCCAUGGGUCUGAAGGGUGACAAGGGCCCUCCUGGCCCUGUUGGGGCCAAUGGCUCUCCCGGUGAGCGCGGUCCUGUGGGCCCGUCAGGUGGUAUUGGGCUUCCUGGUCAAAGUGGAGGGCCAGGCCCGGUUGGUCCUGCAGGAGAGAAGGGGUCCCCGGGAGAACGAGGCGCCCCCGGCCCCACCGGCAAAGAUGGGAUCCCAGGGCCCCUGGGGCUUCAGGGACCCCCCGGAGCUGCUGGGCCUGCUGGAGAGGAGGGGGACAAGGGAGAAGUGGGUCCCCCUGGUCACAAGGGGAGCAGAGGCGACAAGGGAGAUGCGGGCCCACUGGGACCAACAGGGAUACGGGGUCCUGCAGGACUCCCCGGCCCCCCGGGAGCCGACGGAGCGCAGGGACGCCGUGGACCCCCAGGCCUCUUUGGGCAGAAGGGAGAUGAUGGAGUCCGAGGGUUUGUGGGGCUGAUUGGCCCCCCCGGCCUGCAGGGGCUCCCAGGCCCUCCUGGAGAGAAGGGGGAGGUUGGAGACGUCGGGUCCAUGGGUCCCCAUGGAGCUCCAGGUCCCAGGGGUCCCCAGGGUCCCAGUGGCUCCGAGGGCCCUCCGGGGCCACCUGGAGGAGUUGGUCAGCCAGGCGCUGUGGGCGACAAGGGUGAGCCAGGAGAUGCUGGAGACCCAGGACCCCCGGGAACUCCAGGCAUCCCCGGGCCUAAAGGUGAAGUUGGUGAAAAGGGGGACUCAGGUCCAUCUGGGGCUGCUGGACCCCCAGGCAAGAAAGGUCCACCUGGAGAGGACGGAGCCAAAGGGAACCCGGGCCCCACGGGGCUCCCCGGAGAUCUGGGGCCCCCAGGAGACCCUGGAGUUCCGGGCGUCGACGGCACCCCAGGAGAGAAGGGAGACCCUGGUGAUGUUGGGGGGCCGGGGCCGCCGGGUGCUUCCGGGGAACCAGGUGCCCCCGGAUCCCCUGGAAAGAGGGGCCCUUCGGGUCGCAUGGGUCGAGAAGGCCAAGAGGGGGAGAAAGGCUCCAAGGGGGAGCCAGGUCCCGAUGGGCCUCCAGGGAGGACAGGCCCAGUGGGGGCUCGCGGGCCCCCUGGCCGUGCGGGCCCCGACGGUCUUCCCGGGAUCCCUGGCCCUGUGGGUGAACCAGGCCUCCUGGGACCCCCGGGUCUGAUGGGUCCUCCAGGCCCCUUGGGGCCCUCUGGCCUACCAGGGCUGAAGGGAGAUGCCGGCCUCAAGGGGGAGAAGGGCCACAUUGGACUAAUCGGCCUCAUCGGUCCCCCUGGGGAGGCCGGUGAGAAAGGGGAUCAGGGGUUGCCAGGCGUGCAGGGGCCCCCUGGCCCCCAGGGAGACCCUGGGUCCCCUGGUCCUGUUGGCUCUCUGGGCCACCCUGGACCCCCAGGCGUGGCGGGCCCUCUGGGACCGAAGGGCUCCAAGGGGUCCCCGGGAUCGCUUGGUCCCCGUGGAGAUAGGGGACCUCCAGGUCCCCCAGGCCCCCCGGUGAGUUCCCCAGGGAGCAAGGGCUGUGCCUCAGACCUAUGGGGAGGGCAGGGACUGUGUCGUGGUCCCCAGAGCUCAGUUAGGGACCCAGGAGCCGAGGUACUCAUCCCCCAGUUCCCAUCUUUCCUUGUUGGGGACUGUGCAGGGGCAGAAGCCCCUUCGCCCCUCUCGUUGAUCGGUUGGGCCCACUCCGUGGCCAGAGCACGGCCGGAGGUACCCUCAGUUCACAGCCUUCGGUGUGAGGAGGUAGAUGCCCGGGGUAAAUGCGUGGCCACCACAGGCGGCUGCUACAGUGACCCUCCCACCGUCUCCCAGGUGAAGCUGGCCUCCUGGUCCAAGGAGAAGCCUGGAAACUGGUACAGCACAUUCCGCCGGGGAAAGAAGUUCUCCUACGUGGACGCUGAUGGGUCCCCGGUGAACGUGGUGCAGUUGACCUUCCUGAAGCUGCUGAGCGCCGUGGCCCGCCAGAGCUUCACCUACUCCUGCCAGAACUCCGUGGCCUGGCUGGAUGAAGCUGCGGGCGACCACGGCCGCUCCCUGCGCUUCCUCGGCACAAAUGGGGAAGAGCUGUCCUUCAACCAGACGACAGCAGCCAGCAUCAGAGUUCCCCACGACGGCUGCCGGCUCCGGAAGGGACAGGCCAAGACCCUCCUGGAGCUCAGCUCUUCCCGAGCCGGCUUUCUGCCCCUGUGGGACGUGUCCGCCCUCGACUUUGGCCAGACGAACCAGAAGUUUGGGUUUGAACUGGGGCCUGUCUGCUUCAGCAGCUGAGAGUCUGGGGGGUGGGAAGGACAGCGAGGGAGCCCUGGACCGGGCACACUUGGUGCUGAGGCUUUGAAGCCACCAUAUUUAUCAUCUCUUGGGACUCUGAGCCAGGAGGUGUGACUCCGCUGGUCAAGGUCCAACAAUACUCCUCCCUUCUGGGGGCUGAGGGAUGGACUCCUUGGCCCAAGGGCUCAGGCGUCCCCCCUUCCGGGUGGCGCAGGUGCAUUCUGGCCCUUCCUCUCCUCCAUCUCACUCACCCCUCAACUCCUGCCCGUGAACCCCCCCCACCGUGCAGUGAGCUUCUAACUCCGAGUCACAUGCCCCCCUCCGCCCGCCCCCGGCCCUCCGUCAGUGCCCCCAACACUCCUUGGUGCUCCCCUGCCCCAUAGUUAAGCACUGGAUGUCUCCUGAUCUCAUCUGGGACCUCUUCCCUCAUUCUCAUUCCCACGUGGGUUCACGGUGAAGGGACUGAAGUCAGACUACAGAGGGAAGUAGGACUUCCCUGGACAGAGCUGUGUAUUCCUUGCUGCCUCAGCCCAGCCCCCACCUCCCAUUCCCCCAAGCUUACCUCGCCGGGCCAGGUGGUUUGUGGACCAGGAUGGUGGGGACGAAUCAGGAUCCUAAUGGUGCUGCCCUAUUUAUACCCGGGUGUGUAUUAAAAGGGAAAAGCCCCUCUGUUGUAUAUUUAAUCUGCUUCCUCUUCAGGAAGGCUGGGAAAUGAUGAGAGAGAUUCCCGCACAACCCCACUCUUCCCUACCCCCAGGGGCAAAAUUGGCAUCUCAAGUCUGAGAAUAAACCACGGAACUGUG